AUGGGUUGUAUUGUUUCGACGCCAGCGAAAGUACAACCUUAUUCUUAUGCAAAAAAAGAUACUAAGCAAGUCUCUAAAUCUACAAAUACUGGCAAAUCUUCAACACGAGUUGAAAAAUCCGAUCCAAAUAAGGAUUAUUUCAAUCAACUAACUGAUCAGGUGAAUACGAUGAAGUGUCCACCAGGAAUGUCACCAGUUGUAUGCUUAAAUAAAGACAGUUUUCCAGUAGUUUUAUCAGAAUUGUAUCUAUCAGAUGAAGAAGUUGUCGAAAUUCAAUUACCAAUUGUUGCUGCAUCAUCUUCAGAUAAAGGAAGAGUCGGAUGCAUCUCACAUAUAUACUUUCUCGUUGAUACAAUCUUUUUAGCAGAAGAUAACUCAAUUAUGUUCUAUAAUAUGAUGUCAUGGCUAGCCAGAAAGAAUAUUCUUAACACGAGAGUACUUCUCAUCGGAAAAGGAGCAACUUUCAAAGAAUCAAUUCAUUCUUGCUUUUUAACACAAGGAAUUUCUGCUCAUGUUGGUACGAUGGACUCAGAUUUUUCACCAUAUGCAGUCGUAGUUAUUGCUUCUGACACAGAUUUAUCAAUUAACAGAUAUGAUCAAAAAUUACGCGAUUAUGUUAAAAAUGGAGGUGGUCUACUAUGUCUUUAUGCACCACCUAUCGAUGAAAACAACCAAGAAACCAUAAUGAACCCAUUUUUGAUGGAAUACGGAUUAGCUUUCUCAUUAUGUGUGCUAAAUCCUCAUUCUAGUAGCAGAAACAUAGUAUCCAUAUCAUCCUGUUACGAAAUGGUUAGCUAUUGUCAUCUAAUUCCAAUGGCAGAAGAUUUUAAAUAUUUAGCAUCGCAAACAGACUUAGAUACAGCUCAAUUAGACGAUCUAGUGACCGCUCUUAGAUACCACGUUAUCGUUUGUGGGCCGAACCAAUACGAUAUCCUCAGUGAUAUUCUUGAUCAAGCAUAUAAUCACUUAGUUAACACAGGAUACAGGACUGAGCAAGGUCUAUGUCCUUUACUUAGCCAUUGCAUCAUGUCCACGCUCAUUCCGGACCUUGUUUCCAAGCUUCCAGCCAAAUACAUCAAAGCAUCACCAGAUGCAGAAGAUUUUCCAGGUCUAUGUCCAAAUGCGACCGUUGAAAACCACGAACUUGAAGUCAGACUGCACGAGGAAAGCUGGAUAUCCACAGGAUUGUGGCUUCCCGCCGGUUCUCUUGGCGAAAUUAUUUCAGAUCCAGAGGACAAAAGCAUUUUCAGCAUCCAAAUCGGUUCCCACACAGAGUCUCUUCUCUCCAGACAAGGCCCGUGGAAGAGAUGGCCGGUCGUUUCAAAGACAUACGACAUUGACCCAUCAGGAAAAACAGAAAUCGCGUCACCUUUUGGCGGAAUUGUUUACAUAACCGUUCGGGAACUAAAUGAAGAAACAGACAACAGAGUUAAACUGAAAUUCAACGGUUUUGUGAGACAUCCACGUGCUGUGAUCAGGAAACCAGAAAUCUGGGAGUCCAGUAAAGAUUACCAAGUUCCAUGGGGCGAAAUGUGUUCGAAAACAGUAAUUUUUACACUUCCAUCAGAUGAAAUUCGGAAAAUUACAGAUAUUGACAAAGUUCUUGAACACGUUGAUAAAGUUGUUACUCAUGUAUUAGAGUUCAUGAAUGCAUCAAUGAACAGACCAUACAGAGUAGUUUUCGACACACAAUUACCAGGUGAUAAAACAGAAUCUGAAUACCCAAUUGUCUUGGAUAUCAAAGAUCUUGAUGAUAUCAUUAAUAAUUACAACAAACCGACUGUUGCUAUGUUUGAAUUAAUAGCAAGAGUCAGUUUGUUAUCAAUAAGAGAAGCUUAUUUCGAUAAUCUCGUUGAAACAGCAAUUUCUAAUUUAGUUGCUUGUAUUAUUUUCAAUGAAUUCUUCCCUGGAUUCGAUCCAAACAUCUUUAAGGAUUAUAACUUCCCUCCUUUGUUCGCUGAAUUAUGGGUUUUGCAUCAGCAUAUUAAUCAAGGACUGAUUAAAGAUUUGUUGGCAUUGUCUCAAGCACCAGAAGCUCCUUAUUUCGAUAGCGAUGAAGAUAUGUGGACUCAGUUCGUUAAAGAUGUAUCUGUAAUAGGAAAAUACAAUUUCACUAAAUUGUUAGAAAGAGUUAGACCUAUUCCUCUGAACUUAUCAAAGACAUUGGCUGAAUUACCUAAUCCUCCUAUUCGUGUUUGUAAUUAA